AUGUCUGACAUCAAAAAACUUCAGCUUUAUACUUCAGUUGAAUUAAAAGCUUGGUUGGAGGAGCUUGGAUGUAAAACAAGUGGUAAUAAAAACGAAUUAAUUCGCCGAUUAAUUCAAAUACCUGAGGAACGCCGUGGUGUUUUUCUAGGAAAAACGACUAAAAUAUUAAAUGAUGUGACGCUUACGGAACAUGUUGGCGCCGACGCCGAUGCAUGCGCAAGCAACAACAAUAGUAACUCUGAAGAAGAUGACAAUCAUAUUCUUGAGGAACAACAAAUUAUACAAACACAUAAAAAGAAGAAUCAAAUGAGUGAAAUUGUAAGUCAGAAACAAAUGAUAACAGAACAAAUGACAGCGAAUAUGAGUCGAAUGAGUAUUAUGAACACAAAUAUUGAGCGAGAAGAAAAUAAUAACAGUGUCUCUGCUGCACAAGUCAAUUCGUUAAAGGAGAACGAAAAUGAACUCUUGAAAUGGGAGCUCAAACUGUUAAGACGAGAGCUAAACAUACUUUGGGAAGCACAAUUACAAAGUAUCCGAACGGCUUAUAAUCUGGAUGAUAAUAAUACUAGAGCACUGAUUUCUAACAAACUCAAUGGAAAGGCGUUAAAGUGGCUACAUACAAGAAACGAUUUAAUGACUGUACCAAUUGAAACCCUAAUAAACGAUAUGGGGAAACUGUUUGAAGACCGCUCAACUAAACUGCAGCUGAAACGUAUAUUUGAAGCCAGAAGGUGGCAAACAAAUGAGACUUUUGAAGAAUAUUUUUACGAUAAGACCAUUCUCGCGGGUAAGUUGUGCAUUGAAGAAACUGAGCUGCUGGAGUACAUUGUGGAGGGGAUUCCAGACUAUGGUUUAUGUUCACAAGCUAAAUUACAAUGUUUCCGUGACAAGUACCAACUGUUGGAAGCGUUCCACAAAAUAAGUCUUCCAAAACCAGCAACACCAAAACAAUCAUUGACUGUUCGCCAGAACACUUCGAAUGAAAAAUCAACCUCAGCCGAUUUUGUGGUUUCUGCAUCGACUCGUUGCUAUAAUUGCAACUCUCUUGGGCAUGUUGCAGCUGAAUGCCGCAAACCAAAGCGGGAGCCGAGGGCGUGUUACGUUUGUGCGCAAAUGGGACAUCGAGCAGCUGACUGCUUAAUGAGGAAAACGCAAGUUCAUUAUGCCGACGCUGUUGAGGGUGAUAACGAAUACUCACUUUAUUUAGAAUCAUUAAUUGACACUGGUAGUCCAAUCAGUUUUAUACGCCAACAGUUCGUGCCACUUGUUAAGUUAAUAAAUCAAGAAAAAUGUAAAAUUUUAAAUUUUUGUGGUAUAAACAAAAGUCAUUUACAAAUACUUGGACAAAUAGUAUGCACAGUUUUAUAUGAUAAUAAAAAAAUAAAUCUUAAAUUAUUCAUAGUAGCUAAUGAAACUAUGAGUUACCCAGUUCUAUUAGGAAGAGAUUUUUUAAAGAAAGCUAAAUUAAAAUUAGUAAUACAACAUGAUCCAACUGAACAGUUAAUUAAUUUUAAUCAAAAGAAUAAAGAUUGUGAUGAAAAUACUAUUAACGAUUUAAUGAAUAUUGAAUACCAUGAACCAAUUCAUGAGAUUAGUGUUAAUAAUAGUGAUGUUGACUACAAUACUAGAAAGAAAUUUAAUAUGUUGUAUGAAGAUUAUGUAAACCGCAAACGUCCAGAUGAACCUGAGAUAAAGUGCGAAAUGAAAUUAAUUUUAAAUGAUGAUAAACCCUUCCAAUACCAUCCACGUAGGCUAUCAUAUCACGAAAAGCAACAAGUAGAGUCAAUUAUUGACGAGUUAAUGAGAAAAAAAGUUGUGAGGCCUAGUAAUUCAGAGUAUGCAUCUCCUAUUGUUCUGAUUAAAAAGAAAACAGGUGAUACCCGAUUAUGCGUAGAUUUCAGAACUUUGAACAAAGUCACAUUGAAAGAUAACUAUCCACUACCAUUAAUCGACGAUUUACUUGAUCGACUGGCGG